AUGACACCUACACACCCGCGGAUGAUCCGAGGGAUACGCGUGUUCCGCUUGCUGCAGUAUGCGCCCUGGUGUUGGCUGCGCGGUGGGCUCGACUUGCUGCACGACUUCAGUGAGGAGGUGAUCCAGAUCGAUGAGUUUUUGUCCCACAGCUGGCGUGACGUGGCUUGGAUGAAGUACGUCAACAUACUCUACCUCAACAAUGGCUCAUGUGCUUUUCUGCUGGGAACACUCGGCUCCCUAUUGGCGCUGGCCCUCUUCCAGGCGGGUGUGCUACCAGAGUGGCGCGGUAUGCACUGGAAUUACUGGAGUUGUCAAUGGUGUACACUCUUCGGGAUUCUGGCACACUACUUGACCAUCGUGCUCUUCCUUCGCCAGAAGCGCGUGUUCUUGGACAUUGCAUGCAUAGAUCAGAGCAGCGAGGAACAGAAAGGCAGUGGCCUGGUCAGCAUGGGCGCCAUCUUAAAGAGCUCCAAGAGCAUGCUGGUACUUUGGUGUCCGAGCUAUGUGACAAGAUUAUGGUGCAUCUUCGAGCUAAGUGCUUUCCUGCACAGUCAGAAGAGUGAGGAACACGCGAGGAUGAACCUAAGAGUUUGCCCGCCCAUGCUCGGACCCGCCUUGAUGGUGAUCCACGUGAGCCUGAGCGUCAUGGCCAUGCUCUACCUGGCUCUGCGCGGCGCCUUCGGGGACUUCACCGUCCUCAUCGGGGGCUCGUUGGUCGUCCCCUUCUUCUGCCUCACGUCCUAUUCAGUCAGAUCCUACUUCCGCAGCAUCGACGUGCUUGAAGGACAGGUGCGAAGCGUGUCCAUUGAGACAUGCACCAGCGGCUGCUGCGUGCAGGGUAUUGGUAUUGGUAUUGCUUCGACGUCAACCUGCUCCGCAAAGGGGGCGCCCUCAUGGGGGGAUCUGCGACCGUGA